CAAAAAGAUGAGUCGGGUUCGGUCGAGUGUAAGCGCCCUUAUUGCUCGUCAGCCUGCUCUUAUUGCUCAAGCUGUGACGUUCCGUAACUUGACUCGGACACAGGCGAUUUUACCAUGUGUCCAGCGGGUCCCACACGGUCGUUAUGCACCCAGGACCGCGUGUUUAUUUAUUAUUCAGCAAUUUAAUAAUUUUCUGAAUCGCUAUUAUUCAUGUUCUCCUCAGAGUGAAAGUUAGACCGUCGGCGUACAUAGUCUCUCUCUCUGCAAAGCCGUUGCGUUAAUGGCCCAUCUCUGUUUCUGAAUGCUGCGGUUAGUCCGUUCAGGCAGUGCAACCUUAAGCUACCAGUUCAAGGAUUGUGUGGAAAUUUCCAGUGAUUUGCCCCCGAGUAACUCCGUAUAUUUAUAAUGUCGUAUCCUUACAUAAUGAAGGUUGCACGACCUUAGCCGAUUUCGGCGUAAGCUCUCAGCAAAACAGCUAAAUCAACUCGUCGGUUUGUAAGUGCUACUCGCUUCGGUCUGAUAUUUACCAGCUGAUGAAGAGAGAGGAAGAUGCUCAGGAGGCUGUCAUUUUUUUGUCAAAUUGCACGUUGACUUAUUGCAGCCUUUUUUUUUUUUCUUCUGGCUCUCAACUUCCCCAUUGUGCAACUUGAGUGAUCCACUGGCAGCGCUGCUCCGGUUGACGUGCCGCUGUGCAACGGCAACGAGCAACAUUAUUACAACCGAAUGAAUAAACAGCGUUGUUGUUUUUAUGCGUGCCGUGUUAGAGGCAAAUGUGGAUUUGUGUUUCUAGCACCCUGUUUGGUCGGAAGUUAGAGCAGGACGUCGACCAGCUGACAGAACUAGUUUGACAGAGCCCGUGGAUUACCAGCCACUGAGCAGGCCGACUCCUAUUGCUUGGUCCUCAGGGCGACCCUUUGUUGGCAAGCAUAAUAGCUCCUAGUUUUGGCCUUGAGGGGGCACCAGCAUGAGUCAGGAGUCACUGGAGUCUGAUGGAGACUCUGCUCAGGAUGUUUCUGACUUCAACUGGGAUGACUACCUGGAGGAGACUGGAGCCUUGUCUGUGCCCCAUCAUGCCUUCAAACAUGUGGACCAGGGCCUACAGACAGGACUGACCCCAGGCAUGAAGCUGGAGGUGUGUGUGCGCUCAGAGACCGACAAUCCUUACUGGGUGGCCAACAUCAUCACCACAUGUGGCCAGCUGCUGCUGCUACGCUAUGAAGGAUACCUGGAUGACCGGCGUGCUGACUUCUGGUGUGACAUCAUGACGGCCGACCUCCACCCACUGGGAUGGAGCCGCCAGCAUGGGAAAACCAUGAGGGCUCCUGAGGGUGUGCGUGAGAAGCACCAGGACUGGGAGGCUCUGCUGGAAAAGGCCUUGGCUGAGGAGUGCAGCGCGCCUGCCAACCUGCUGGAAUUGCCCCAGCGUGGAAGAGACCCAGUGGAGCUCUUAUGCGCAGGCUGCUACGUGGAGCUCCAGGACAGCGUUGACCCGGGGCUGGCCUGGGCUGCCGAAGUAGAGGAAAAUGUCGGAGGAAGGCUGAAGCUGCGGCUGGUAGGCACAGAGGGCCUCCCAGACACACCCGCAACCCUCUGGCUCUUUUACCUCCACCCACGCCUCCACCCACCCGGCUGGGCCAAAGAGCACGGCUGCACCCUCAGGCCUCCCACAGAGCUGCUGGCCCUGCGGACAGAGGAAGAGUGGGAGGAGGUGAGACAGAGGAUCAGUGACCUGCCUCAGGAUGAAGCUCUGACUGCAGAGUUCAAUAAGGAUCAGCCUGCCGUCGCUUCUCAUUGUUUCAAGGAAGGGAUGAAACUGGAGGCUGUCGACCCUGCUGCUCCUAUUUCCAUCAGGCCUGCAACUGUCACCAAGGUGUUCAAUGAGCAGUACUUUCUGGUGACCAUGGACGACCUUUGUGGUAUUGAAGAAUCAGAAGGCGCUGGGAGGUCUUUUUUGUGUCACAGAGGCAGUCCAGGGAUCUUCCCUGCUCAGUGGAGCCUCAAAAAUGGACUCCCACUCAGUCCCCCACCAGGAUACCAGGGUCCAGACUUUGACUGGGCAGAUUACCUGAAACAGUGCGAGGCCGAGGCAGCUCCCCAGCACUGUUUCCCAACUGAGCAGAGCGACCACAGCUUCAAAGAGGCCAUGAAACUGGAGGCCGUCAACCCGCUGUCACCCGAAAACAUUCACGUGGCAACUGUCGCCAGGGUCAAAGGACAAUACAUUUGGCUCAGCCUGGAAGGACUGAAGCAGCCCAUGCCGGAGCUCAUAGUUCAUGUGGACUCCCUCGAUAUCUUUCCUGUCAGCUGGUGUGAGACAAACGGUUAUCCACUCGUCUACCCCAUCAAACCCUCAGUUGAAAAAGAGAGGAAGAUUGCUGUGGUGCAGCCUGAGAAACACCGAACUCCACCAAAGUCCUCGUCACCUGACGCUGUCAAGCAGCAGAUGCCCAGCCAGUCAGAGACAGGACAGGGCAAUGGGAAAUACUGCUGUCCCAAGAUCUACUUCAAUCACCGUUGCUUUUCUGGGCCUUACCUUAACAAGGGACGCAUUGCGGAGCUGCCUCAGUUCAUUGGCCCUGGAAACUGUGUCCUUGUGCUCAAAGAGGUAUUGACUCUGCUGAUAAAUUCGGCAUACAAGCCCAGCCGAGUGCUGAGAGAGCUGCAGCUGGACCAGGAGAGCCGCUGGCAAGGCCAUGGAGAGACACUCAAAGCCAAGUACAAGGGAAAGAGUUACCGGGCCACUGUGGAAAUUGUCCGCACUGCAGACCGUGUGGCGGACUUCUGCAGGAAAACCUGCAUCAAGCUAGAAUGCUGCCCAAAUCUGUUUGGACCUCGCAUGGUUCUGGACCACUGUUCUGAGAACUGCUCUGUCCUCACCAAGACCAAAUACACAUAUUACUAUGGAAAGAAGAAGAGUAAACGUGUUGGCCGUCCACCCGGGGGCCACUCCAACCUGGAGGGUGGAGUGAAGAGAAGAGGGAGGAGGAGGAAGAGGAGGAAGCAGCUCUUUGUCCAUAAGAAGAGACGCUCCUCAGCUUCAGUGGACAACACGCCUGCUGGGUCUCCACAGGGAAGUGGAGAGGAAGAAGAUCUGGAUGAAGACGAUUCUCUGAGUGAAGAUUCCGGCUCAGAGCUGCAAGAUGAUCUCCAGGACGAUUCUGAACAAUCGGUUGGGAAGUCCCAGCCGACCACCCCAUCCCCCUCCCCACCGGCGACACCAAGGCCAACGCGCCGGCGCCGGAAACCCCGCUCACCUUCAUUCUCUGAUGAUGAGAACCGCCCUCCAUCACCAAAGACCUCAAAGACUGAGCCUCCUCAGAAGUUGUGUUUGGACACCAGCCCGCUGGAGUGGAGCGUUACCGAUGUGGUUCGCUUCAUCAGGACCACUGACUGUGCACCUCUUGCACGGAUUUUCCUGGAUCAGGAGAUUGAUGGACAGGCACUGCUGCUGCUGAACCUCCCAACAGUGCAAGAGUGUAUGGACCUGAAGCUGGGACCGGCUAUUAAGCUGUGCCACCACAUUGAGAGGGUCAAGCUGGCAUUUUAUCAGCAGUUUGCCACGUAGCUGGCGGAGAAUGAACAUGGACUCGAGUACAUCCUGUUCUGUGUAUUGAUCCUGUGAAAAACACUGUAUUUUCCCAUUCUGACUUUUCUAACACUGGACAUCCUUUUAGAAUCCUGCGUAUGCCACAUCGUCUCGGACAAACAGGAACAUGAGAUGGACAAAAGCAAAAUUUUCCGAUCAUUGGAAAAGAACAAAGAAGAUGAGCUAUAUAAAGUCUAAAUUCAUUCAGAGACACAGGGUAGGAAUUAGAGACUGAAAAAUUCAAGGCACUUUAAUAUUACAAAUAAGUGUAAAAGCCUUUAUUGAUUCCACUUCGUUUUGCCACAAAAAAAUAAAAGAAAACAGCAAGCUAUCAUCAAGGACUUGCUUUCAAGCUGCAAGGGGUUGUGUUUUAGCUAUGUUCUAAUAAAGGCUUCUUAACUUAUUUGUGUCUUCAGAGUGCCUGGAACUCUUCUCUUCUAAUUCCUCUCAGUAUGGGGAAGAGUGACUGAGCACCAGUGUUAUAAACCCAUCUCUCUGUUGUUUACAUUCAUGAUUUUCAGCCUGUUCUGCCGUCUCAAAAAGAGAACGCCACUGAAUUACAGCUUUUACGUGUCACAUCAUACUAGUUUGCUUUUAUCUGCUGCAGUCAAACGUGGUGACUCUCACACUGAAGUCUAAUUUUACGGAAAAGAUGCUCAACAGUAUUGGCGUGGUCGAGUGCACACGUGGUAUAUGACUGCCCACUUACAUUGAAGCACUUAGAAGCACUGUUUUUCCACUGCAAAAGCGCCUAGAUGUAACUUGGAGUACCAACAGAUUGGGAUUGUUUGUCUCAUGGUUUGUAGAGACUCGCUUAAAAUAUCCUGAAGAGAUCAUUUGGCCCAUUAAUUAAGCAAAAAUAAAUUGCACACAAUUAAAUGUAAAAACUAGGGGUAAUAUUAAAGUAGAUGUACUGAUGAUAGAUUUAAAAGAGUCACAGCAAGCUACAAUGAAAUGAAUUGAGUGAGUUGUUGUAAUUUGAUUGUAGUGUGAACAGCAGAUAUGUGUACGGUACUAACGCCAUUUGCAAAUGUUAUCCAGCAAGAAAUCUGCUCAAAAACUGCUAUUAAGGGGGGUUUUCAUUUUUUAGUUCAAGCUUCUACAGCAAGCAAGAGCAGUUUACAGUGCAAGGAUUCUGUAAUGCAAGCACAAGCAAAACCAUGCACUGUAUGGUGGCAUGCAAAUAUGACGGUGCAUGUUUGUAUAUAGUGUAUAUAACUAAAUAUCUUCUAGAACAACAGGGUGAAAGAAAAAAAAUCUAUUGAGCAAUUAACUCUCUGCAUAAGCAAUGUGUAAAUGCCCCAAAUAUCCAAUAUAUUUGCACAGAAUAGGCCUAAACCUUCUCAUAUGGGGCAUAUGGUUAAAACAAAUCCACAUACAGUUGAUUGUAUGAGCCAUUUCAUAUCAUUGAAGUCAUUAUUUUUAACAGUUAACUUAAUGAUACAUGGACAGUUUUAAAACAAGAAGAUAUUCUCAAAAUGCUUUUGUAAAUCAGUUUUUCCCCUCAUUUGUUUUUGUUUUUUUACCAGUUGCUGUAGUGUGAUUUCCUGUAAAGUGCUUCCUUUUUUGUGAGUAAAACCUCUGUGGGUUUCUUUGUUUA